AUGGUUUGCUCAAGCGGGAAGCUUCCCACGGGGUCCGUGGAGGUGUUCAAUCUGGCAGGGCGCGCAGAAUGCUGCGCAAGCCCACCAGGGUUGGCGGUGGCUUCUGCGAGUGUCAGACAGCACGGACGAGCAACGCAAUGGUUUGUGGCGUUGAGGUCCUUGCGAGCAGCGCCGCGGCCACACGGGCGGGUCGACGCGGCCCUCUGCCGAUCAGCCAUCCAGGCGUGCGCCAGGGCCAGGCAGUGGCAGUGGGUGCUGUCGUUGCUCGGCGAACUGUGGGAGGCGAAGUCGGAGGCCAACGUGGUCGCCUACAGCAUUGGAAUCAGCGCGUGCGAGAAGGGUGGCCAGUGGCAGCACGCACUGUCACUGCUCAGGAGACUGCUGAGGGCGAAGCUGGAGCCAGAUGUCAUCAGCUACAGUGCCGGAAUCAGCGCGUGCGAGAAGCGCGGGCAGUGGCAGCGCGCGCUGUCGUUGCUCAGCGAGGUGGUGAAGGCGAGGCUGGAGGCAGAUCUAAUCAGCUACAACGCUGGGAUCAGCGCGUGCGAGAAGGCUGGAAAUUGGCAGCACGCGCUGCUGCUAUUCGGCGAGCUGUUGCACGUGCAGCUGGAGCCAGACGUCGUCGGCUGCAACGCCGGGAUGAGUGCGUGCGGAAAGAGUCGGCAGUGGCAGCACGCGCUGUCUCUGCUCAGGCAGAUGGUCGAGGCGAACCUGGAGCCAGACCUGAUCAGCUUCAGCGCCGGGAUCAGCCGCGUGCGAGAAGGGCGGACAGUGGCGCCAGGCAUUGUCGCUGCUCUGCCAGAUGGCGAACAUAGAGUUGGAAAGGGACGUCGUCAGCUACAACGCUGGGAUCAGCGCUUGCGAGAAAAGUGA